CUCCUACCAGGGAUGGGGCUCGCCACGGUGAAGCUUCGGAGGCCCUCGGCAAGGGAGCAGCCCGCCCAAGGAAGACGACAAGGGGUUGGGGUCUGACCCGCAGAGCCGGCAGGGCAAUGAAGCUGAACGAGCGGAGCGUGGCCCACUAUGCCACCUGUGACUCGCCCGCCGACCAUGCCGGCUUCCUCCGCAAGCGGGUGGAGCGGCACCACCACCAUGCCCACCACCACCACGCUACCUCCUACCAGCGCCGCUGGUUCGUCCUCAAGGGCAACCUCCUCUUCUACUUCGAGGAGAAGGAGAGCCGGGAGCCUGUGGGGCUGGUGGUGCUGGAGGGCUGCACUGUGGAGCUGUGUGAGGCUGCCGAGGAGUUCGCCUUCGCCAUCCGCUUUGACGACGCUGGUGCCCGGGCUUAUGUGCUGGUGGCCGAUGGGCAGGCUGCCAUGGAGGCCUGGGUGAAGGCACUCUCACGGGCCAGUUUCGACUACAUGCGGCUGGUGGUGAGGGAGCUGGAGAAGCAGCUGGAGGAGGCCUCCAAGACCUUGGCCGCUUGCCACAAGUCUCCGCGGAGAUCCUCCUCCUCCAGCAGGAAGAGGCAUCUCUCCAACCCUGCCUUGCUGCCCCUCCAGGAGAAGCCCACCGUCCUGGAGAAUGGUUACUCCACCUGGGGUAGUGGUGGUGGCGUCCCUGGGGGGGCUGCCUGCCCUGACCGUGAUGGGGGGCACGUGAAGCCCCCACCCCUCCCUCCACGCCGGCGCUCGGCCGUCGGCAGUGCCGCGGGGUCACCGGUGCCUGGCCUCUCGCCAGCCAUGCCGGAGAGCCCAGUGUCACCGGAGACGGCUUGCUUCUCCAAGCUGCACAGCUGGUACGGGCAGGAGAUCGCGGUGCUGAGACGAGAGUGGCAGGAGAGGCAGAAGAGGGGACACCCGUGACCGGGGGUGCGAGCCGAUGCCCGGUAGCCUGUCUCACAGGCGGGAAGGGCGAUGCGAGGGACACUGCUUGCCCCGUGGCCUGGCCAGUGGCCAAGUGUGCGGUGCGUGUGUGCUUCACUAGCGUGUGGGAGGGACCCAGGUCUUCCACAAACCUCACAUUUCAUUUCCGUCAGGCUUUAUGCAGCUGGAGAGUGCAAUACCAGGGGAGGCUGCCUUUAAACCCUCUCCUCCGCUGGUGAUACCAGGUGUGGAGGGGGCCCAAACCGGCACGUAGACCAUGAGCCUCACCCAGCGGACUUGGCCCCUUGCCAUCCUGGCGUGGUGGAUGCUCUGGGUGCUUCAUCGCCCACCUCUUCUUCACCACUUUUGGUUUUCUUUUUGGUUUUGUUUCUCAGCGUGGAAGUUUGCACAGGUCAGCGUUUAUGGUCUUGCGCCGAAGUCCUUCUGCCUUUGCUCUUUCGCCACAGAUAAGGCUGGGCUCUUACGAAAUGCCUCCGACGGGCCGCUGGUCCUGGCGGGUGCCUCCAGCUUUGUGCCUCUCUCACCACAGGACACGUGUGAGCCACCAUGGCUGUGGCUGGUCCAGCAGCCAGGGCGACGAGGACUGGGCUCUUGCGUCGUCAUUGUUUUUUUACUUUCAUCUGCACUAACCCUCCUCCCUGUUAAAUCCCUCAGGAUGUGGAUUUCACGGGCUUGCAUCUGUCUCUCUGCAUCCGAGCGUAGCAGCGAGGCUGAAAAGGAGACACUGAGCCUGGUCUGAAGCGAGGACCAGGAGCUCCCCAGGGCUGAUCUGGACUCCGUCAAGCGGUAGCCAAGCCUGUUAAUGUCUCCCGUUUGAGCCUUCCCUGUUCCAAAAAAGGGACACUAAAGCUUCUUUGUCUUCCCAGGGGAGAAUUUAUCAGCCUCUGUGCAGACUUUAGCUCCUGCAAAGUGCCAUAUAGGGCUGAGCCGGCUCGUUGGGCAGCUUGCCUGAGACAGCAUCCAGAGCUGCAGUCUUGCAGAGCCUCUCCCGCUGCUGUGGCUCUGCCCAGCGCCUGGCAGAGCUGUGCGGUCGGAGGAGAGGCUGUGGAGGAGCAGGGAGGAGAAGAGGGCUGGUCCCAGGAGGGGAAGCGAAGGUGUGGGAGUGAGUUACACGUUGCACUGACUGACUGCGUGUUGGCAGUGUCUACGCUUGUCCCUUGACCAUCAAAGCCAUAUUGCUGCCUUCUUCCAAAGCCAGUGCCUGACCUGCUGGCACUUCCCUCCUCUUUCAUGUCGGCAUCGCUCAGCUGAUCUUGAUAGCAUGUCCCAUCCUCCCAGCGGGUGAGAAGGGCUGUGGGGAGGCAAGCCCGUGACCUCGCUACAGAAACAGACUUGUCCUUCAGUAGGUCAGGAACCUUGGCCACAAGGCAGAUGGUACGACUAGGUGGGUGACGAGAACACCCUGGAGAUGGGGGUUUAUAAAUCUUCUCCCUUAUCCUCUUGGCAGGGGCUGUUUUUCAGAGCAGGAAAAAUGCGUGAAGCGGCCUUUGUGCUUUCUAUCUAACAGUGUUAAACGUGUUUUUAUUGCCUUGCUUCAUUAAGGAGCCUUGCUAGGAAAGCAGGAGGCCAUUCCAGGUCAUAACUGGUAGGAACUUAUUUGCCUUUCUGGAGUUAAACGCACCGAGCUUAAUACUUUGCAAUAGCCAGUAGAGAUUGCCAAUGCAGAAAUCAGAUGACUUCCAUUAACUCUUGGUGCCUUUGAAAAUACCUCUCUGGUAGUUUUGGAUGACGAGCUUCCAGCCUGCUGCCUAAUUAUGGCUCAGAGGUAUGUUAGAGGAAAUCAGAUCUUAAAUCAGACCUUACAAAUAUGACUUUGGGCAGCGGGAGUGUAACCUUCACAUACGAGCGAUGCAAUCCAGUCCUCUCCAGUUCGUGCCUGUAUUUCUUCACAGUAGGGACAUUCAAGUUUGGGAGGGUUAUUUUUGUUCUGCUUUUUAAGUGAAAACAGUUCAGAAAAAACAGUGCCUGGGCUCUAUCAGCAGCCCAGCUGGCUGGAGUUACAGGCCAGCUCUGGCUCCCUACCUGCUCCUUAAAUUGUUCAGUGCUGCAGCCUUCCAACUGGGAACCUCUCCCCUUCCCUGUGGAAGGGCAGCAGCAGCAGGGGAUGGUACUACCUGGUGCCUCCUCGCUCUGAGCCUGGGUAUUUUAGGGCCGGGUCAGAUUUGGCAAGCAUUUUUCUGUGUUUUUAUGUGGUUUUUUUUUUUAAAUGUAAUACAGAGAGAGGAAUAUUCCUGAUGUCUCAGACUUAAGGAAGUUUGACGGUAAAGAUUUAACUUCCAAAAUAAAUCAAAAUGUAAUGUCAGUUUCUACAUGAGACCCAAGAAUUGGGAGUGACUUGAAAGGGAAAAUAAAUUAACAAAGCCAGUUCUGUCAGAACUGGAACUGAAACAGUAUUAUUCAUUUAAGGGCAGUUUCACUUUUAAGCAGCUUAGUUGCUUUUAAUAAGCCAGGAUUGUGCUAGUAACACUACUAAAGAGCUUAUAUUUAAUGCUUUAAUCUGUCCCAUUCAAAUGGCACAAUUUCCACGCUACCUGCCUUUGCGUUAGUACAUAUCCCGGCUAAAUCCUGCAAAUGAGGAGCUGCACUCUGGUUUCUCUCUGAUCACAUUUGGAGUAAUUUUGUGUUUUAUUCUGCAGCGCCGAGAAGAAAAUGGCUGAAUCCUGAACAGUAUUUGUGCUCAGCCCAGCUGUCCGUGCCUGGGCCUUUGCUAGGUCUCCAAAGCGCUGCGUGACUUCUGAUGCGCUUGGUCAGGGCUUCACCAUAAAAGGGAUGGCCCUUUAGUGAGCAAAAAAGGAGCCAUAAUUGGAGCCAUGUCCGAAUUUGUGCAGGAGUAUAGGUUUUUUAAUGACCACCACCGCUUGCUUUCAUUAGGCAGGAAGCACCUGGGUGCUUCCUCUGAGAUGGAGACUGUCAAACCAGCUCGGCUGAGGAUGGGUGGUGAUGGCAGCACCUUCGAAGCAGCCCCCAGGCAGAAGGUUGGGAUUUCAGCUUCCUGAGAUUGCACACACAGCUGGCUAAUGGAGCGGCCUCUCCUUCUAUCUGCAGGCAGAGAUUGUUACAGGGAAAGCAGAGGGUUUUCAUUGUCCCCUACAGCAAAAUGGGACUGAUUGCCACACACUGUCAUUCAGGUUUGGACUGUUUCACCUCCUGCCUUCGCUUUUCCUUAUUAUUUUUUAAAAAUAGAAAAUGUCUGGGCAGCAUAGAACAGGUUCCCUAGCAAAGGGGGACUGAACACUAAACCUGAAUGGCUACUUUUCUUAAAGUAUUGAAGUAAAGUCUUUUUAUAAGAGUUUUCUUUAGCAUAAUAAUACAAAAGCAAUGAGAGAAAAAUGCUUGAAUCCGAAUGCUUGAAUUUAAAAGAUAUUGAAGACUGAAAGAGGAAGGGAAAUCGUGACAUGGCCUCAGUAAGCCGUGCCAAAAACGGAUCUCAAUCGUGCUAAAGUAGUUGAUGAAAUCCUUCUAUUUUUCUGAGGCUGGGAUUUCCCAUUCAGGCCCAUAAUGUUUUGUUUUAUUUCUGCACAUGUGUAUUUUUAUAGAACAACUGCGGUGAUGUUUUCCACUGAAUCCAGGUCCUAGUGAUUAGAGUAACCUCAGGAUGUUACCUGUGGCCACCGCUAGCUGUUUGGUGGACAUUCACAACCAGGAUCGGAUGCUUUCUGUUACAAGUUCUGUUACAGUUUGGGGGUGGGUGACCCCCCCAGCCUUACCCUUCUCAGCAGAGAAACUUUCCCUUUGGAGAAACUUCAAUAACCCACCCCCACGGCAGCACACGGGGGAUGUGGGCAAGUUCCCAUGUUGGUGGCAUCUUCCCCCAGCACGGACCGUGCUUUAUAAUGUCCACAGCCACCAGGCAACACUACCAACACCACGCAGGAGUACCCCCCCCCUUCUGAAACGCUUAUAUUUUAGGUAGAUGACGUGUUCUUAUUUUUAUUUUUUUUUAAAGAGGCGGUUUUGCAUGCGCCGUUGUUUUACCUGCGGAACUUGUGUUAUGCGUUUCACGAUGUUGUUGUACGUUUGUAUUUUAUGCCGUGGAGCCAAUAAAGCAUUGGCGAUUUGUAGGUCCAUGGA